AUGGUGCUGGCAGCAGCCAUGAGCCAGGACGCGGACCCCAGCGGUCCGGAGCAGCCGGACAGAGAUGCCUGCAGCGUGUCGGGUGCCCAGGCGCCCCCGGGCCCGCGAGGGAUGCAGCCGCCGCCGCCGCCGCCGGCCGGCCUGCCGCAGAUCAUCCAAAAUGCCUCCAAGCUCCUGGACAAGAACCCGUUCUCCGUCUGUAACACGAACCCUCUGCUUCCUUCACCUGCCAGUCUCCAACUGGCUCAACUGCAAGCCCAGCUCACCCUCCACCGGCUGAAGUUGGCACAGACAGCUGUCACCAACAAUACUGCAGCCGCCACGGUCCUGAACCAAGUCCUCUCCAAAGUGGCCAUGUCCCAGCCUCUCUUCAACCAGCUGAGGCAUCCGUCUGUGAUCAGUGCCCCCCACGGCCAUACCGGGGUGCCCCAACAUGCUGCAACCAUAUCCAGCACCCGAUUCCCCUCUAAUGCAAUUGCCUUUUCACCCUCAAGCCAGACCCGAGGCCCAGGACCCUCUGUGAGUCUUCCCAGCCAGCCCCCCAAUGCCAUGGUGAUACAUCCUUUCAGCGGGGUAAUGCCUCAGACCCCUGCCCAGCCAGCAGUCAUCUUGGGCAUUGGCAAGACUGGGCCCGCUCCAACUACAGGAGGCUUCUAUGAGUACAGCAAAGCCAACUCUGGCCAGGCAUACGGCUCCGAAACAGACGGUCAGCCCAGCUUUCUGUCAACCUCAGCCUCUACCUCAGGCAGUGUGACCUAUGAAGGGCAUUACAGCCACACAGGGCAAGAUGGCCAAGCUGCCUUUUCCAAAGACUUCUAUGGACCCAACUCCCAAGGGUCGCAUGUGACAGGUGGAUUUCCAGCUGAGCAGGUGGGGGGCCUCAAAGGUGAGGUAGGGCCACUGGUGCAGGGCACAAACAGCCAGUGGGAGAGCCCCCACGGAUUCCCUGGCCCAAGCAAGCCUGAUCUUACAGCAAGUCCCAACCUGUGGCCUCCACCCCCUGGCCAGCCCUAUGAGCUGUAUGACCCCGAGGAACCCACCCAAGACAGGACGCCUCCUUCCUUUGGGGGGCGGCUUAACCACAGCAAACAGGGUUUCAGCAGUGCCCGGCGGCGGGCCAAGGAAGAGCAGGCGAUGCUGUCCAUGCGGCCCCUGCAGGCUCAUGAGCUGAAUGACUUCCAUGGCGUGGCCCCACUGCACCUGCCACACACCUGUAGCAUCUGCGACAAGAAGGUGUUUGAUUUGAAGGACUGGGAGCUUCAUGUCAAAGGGAAACUGCAUGCUCAGAAGUGCCUGGUCUUCUCUGAAAAUGCUGGCAUCCGGUGUAUACUCGGUUCGGCAGAGGGAACCCUCUGUGCCUCUCCCAACAGCACAGCUGUUUAUAACCCUGCUGGGAAUGAAGAUUAUGGCUCAAAUCUUGGAACGUCGUAUGUGGCUAUCCCAGCAAGGUCAUUUGCUCCAUCGAAUCCUGCAUUUCCUUCAACUCCCCCAGGGACAAAUUUUGCAGAACGGAAAGGUGCUGGCCGUGUCGUGCACAUCUGCAACCUCCCUGAAGGAAGCUGCACUGAGAAUGAUGUCAUUAACCUGGGGCUGCCCUUUGGAAAGGUCACUAAUUACAUCCUCAUGAAGUCGACUAAUCAGGCCUUUUUAGAGAUGGCUUACACAGAAGCUGCCCAGGCCAUGGUCCAGUAUUAUCAAGAAAAGUCUGCUGUGAUCAAUGGGGAGAAGUUGCUCAUCCGGAUGUCCAAGAGAUACAAGGAGUUACAGCUGAAGAAACCUGGGAAAACUGUGGCUGCCAUCAUCCAGGACAUCCAUUCCCAGAGGGAGAGGGACAUGUUCCGGGAAACAGACAGAUAUGGCCCAGAAAGGCCGCGGUCUCGCAGUCCAGUGAGCCGGUCACUCUCCCCAAGGUCCCACACACCGAGCUUCACCUCCUGCAGCUCCUCCCACAGUCCUCCAGGCCCCUCCCGGGCUGACUGGGGCAACGGCCGGGACUCCUGGGAGCACUCUCCCUAUGCCAGGAGGGAGGAGGAGCGAGACCCGCCCCCCUGGAGGGAGAACGGGGAGGACAAGAGGGACAGGACAGACACAUGGGCAUGCCAUGAUCGCAAGCACUACCCCCGGCCACUGGACAAAGGCGAGCUGGAGGAGCGACUGGAAGGAGGGAGGGGCCACCGAGAAAAGCACCCCAGGUCUGGGUCCCCCAACCUGCUCCACUCUGCAUCCAGCUACAAGAGCCGGGAAGAUGGCUACUACCGGAAAGAGCCCAGAGCAAAGUUGGACAAGUAUCUAAAGCAGCAGCAGGACACCCCAGGGAGAUGCAGGAGGAAGGACGAGGCCAGGCCGCGGGAGAGCAGACACCCCCACCCCGAUGAUUCAGGCAAGGAAGACGGGCUGGGGCCAAAGGUCACUAGGGCCCCUGAGGGCGUCAAAUCCAAGCAAAGUGAGAAAAAUAAAACCAAGAGACCUGAUAGAGACCAAGAAGGACCUGAUGAUAGAAAAGAAAGCAAAAUGGCAGAGAAUGAGGCUGGAAAAGAGAAGCAAGAGGGCACAGAAGAAAGCCCCCGAUCAGUGGGCAGACAGGAGAAAGAAACAGAGUCCUCUGAUCCAGAAUAUACAAAGACACAAAAGGAGCAGGACUGGGAGAGCGGCAGUGAGGCAGAGGGGGAGAGCUGGUAUCCCACCAACAUGGAGGAGCUGGUCACAGUGGACGAGGUGGGGGAAGAGGAAGAUUUUAUUAUGGAACCGGACAUCCCAGAGUUGGAAGAAAUUGUGCCCAUUGACCAGAAAGACAAAAUCUGCCCAGAAAUGUGUUCCUGUGUGACAACCUCCUUAGACCUGGACUUGACCAAGGAUUUCACCAAGCAGGGAGUCAAGACCAUAGGGAAUAGGGCUGCAGAAAUCAGCCUCAAGCCACCCAGAGAACUGCCUUCUGCUUCCACAAGCUGUCCCAGUGACAUGGACGAGGAAAUGCCUGGCCUAAAUCUGGGUGCUGAGUGGAAGCCAGCUGAAUGUGAGACAGGCCUCUCACUGGAGGAUUCAGAUUGCUACGAGAAGGAGGCAAAGGGAGCGGAGAGCUCAGAUGUUCAUCUGGCCCCUGCAGUCCAGCAAAUGUCUUCCCCCAAGCCAGUGGAGGAGAGGGCCCGGCAGCCUAGCCCAUUUCUCGAUGACUGCAAGGCUAGGGGGACCCCUGAGGAUGGGACUUGGGAAGGCAGACCCCUGGAGGAGAAAGCCAGCCCCCCCAACGAAGCCGACCUCCAAAGCCAGGCUUGCCAAGGAGUGUUGACCCAGGAAAACUCCAGGUACAUGGAAAUGAAAUCUCUGGAUGUGAGCUCACCAGAAUGCCCUGAAGUGGAGCUGAAACAGCCCCUUUCUUUGCCUUCCUGGGAAUCAGAGGAUGUGUUCAGUGAACUUAGCAUUCCUCUAGGCGUGGAGUUCGUGGUUCCCAGGACUGGGUUUUAUUGCAAGCUGUGUGGGCUGUUCUAUACCAGCGAGGAGAUGGCGAAGAUAAGCCACUGUCGCAGUGCUGUCCACUACAGGAACUUACAGAAGUACUUAUCCCAGUUGGCUGAAGAGGGCCUGAAGGAGACCGAGGGGACAGGCAGCCCGAGGCCCGAGGACAGCGGAAUUGUGCCACACUUGGAAAGGAAAAGGCUGUGACGCUUCUGCUGCUGCUGGAAGGUGGGAGAGGCGCCGGGACACGACUAGAGCCCAAGAGGAAGGAAAGCCAGGCAGAGCACGUCACUUGGGUUUGUUCCCAGAGACUCAUUAAAAUGCCCGCAGGUGUCUCCAGGAGCCAAGUCACCCUGGCG